AUGUUACGCAGUAGAAUCAAUCUCUUUCAUAUGGAGCUGGUCAGCAACAAAUACGAUGUGCUCGUCGAGAUGGGCCGGGUGGGCGGCGGCUUCAAUGCAGGCAUCGCCAUCGUUAGGCGUAGAUCAGACCGACUAAUUUGUGUUCGCAAGCGACUCGUCCUCGGCCAGCUAUCGACGCCGCGCCACUGGAAUCGAGAGGCAGCCCUCAUGCGUAAACUGCGAGGACAUCGGAACAUCUGCGGCAUCAUCGAAGCUGACAUCGGGCCGGAGAAGGGCGAAUUAUACCUCGAGUAUUGCAAAAUGGGCACCCUGCACGAUUUCAUAAAAUACAUGAAAGGCACCAACCUCGCUGUUCCUGAGCCAUUCGUGUGGCACGUGCUGACCAUAUAUCCAACGGUUAAGUUGGGUGAUUUCGGCCUCGCUAUCAACAAGGAGGACAUCAAUAACUUGAGUUCUACCAGCAGGGCAGUGUGCGCCCCAGGUUGGUUCCCCCCGGAGUACCCUCUAUGUGGUGAACGUAGCGAUGUCUACCGUACUGCGGCGAUAGCCCAGUUGUUGUGCCUGCCUCACUGGGCCCUUGGCAUUGGUGCGCAAAUAUCAUCACCUUACAGUUCAGAACUGGCUACUUGUAUUCGUACCGGAAUGAGCGGAAAUAUCCACGAGCGUCCUUUUGCUUUGGAGUUUGCUAGGUUCAUAGACAGCCGGACACCUUGCCUCGCGCAAAUUCCGGUUCCCAGUGGCGCGUUCAGGGUUCGUGAAUUGUAG